AGUUUCGCAAGUCAACUCGAACGGUACACACGCACAGUGGAUUCCGGUCCUGGAUAAUUGUUUCGUUACAAGUAACUCAGAAAUAUUUGUGAAUUCAAAAAAUCGGAACUAUUUGAGGUGAACCAAAGUGGAUGCACAAUUGGCACUUAGCGUUACGUUCGGCGUUAGUUCAGUUUUAGUGAUAGAUUGCGACCUACAAGUCUUGUAGGGAAGCUCGAGUGACAUUUUGUAUCAACACAAAAUUGUGCUUGAGAAAUUCACCAACAUUUCCUUGUUCAGUUGCAAAAUUCCUUUCCCGACACACCAACCCUGGGAGUGUGUUCGACAAAUGCCAAGAGGCGAAAGCUGAUAUUUUUAAUUGUUGAAAGUGUUUGAUUUGAAUAAAUAAAGCAACGGUCGUCGGAGAAGAAAAACUCCAGCACACCACCACACUCUGUUAAGCAACUCUGUUUGCUCAUAUCAUCAGCGUACUUUUUUACUUUCGAGCUGCGUUUAUUUUACGGUUUUGUCGCGCACCAUACACAACUAGUUGGGUUUGUUCCAUUAGCAAUUAGUUUUAUAGUCAUUCAAGGAAUCGAACAACGGUGUAUUCGUAAAGCAUCCAAAUUAGUCGAACCACACUUGAAGUGUGAUUGCCCCAACCCACCCACACCGUAUUGAUUCGUUUUCUCAUUUUCACACAAAAGGACAAAAAAAAGUGAAGCUAUUUCGUGACUCGAGAGCCCGCAAAAUCUACCGAACAUGAGCGUUGAAGUGGGCCGGAAUAAUGAUCUCACGUUGACGGAAGAGAAAAAGAUCACCAACACACCGGUGAUGGAGUUCUACCGCGGCAAAAACGUCCUGGUCACCGGUGGAACCGGAUUCAUCGGUCGUCUGCUGAUCGAGAAGCUGCUCAGAAUCAAUGUCAGACAAAUCAUCCUGCUGUCCAGGCCGAAGAAGGGCAAAACAGUUCAACAGCGAUGCGACGAAUUGUUCGGAAGCGUUGUGUUCAUGAACCUGAAGAAAGACUAUCCGGCGUUUAUGGAUCGAGUCAAAAUUCUGGAUGCCGAUCUGCAGCACCCGAGGGUGGGACUGUCGGAAGAGUCGAUCGAUUACAUCAUUAAAAACACACAGAUCGUAUUUCACGCGGCCUCGGAUGUACGGUUCGAUCAGGCACUGAAAAAGGCUAUCGAAGUUAAUGUUCGAGGCACUCGGGAUCUGCUGAAAAUCUGCGAAAAGAUUAUCAACUUAGAGUUAUUCAUAUACAUUUCCACCGCGUACUCUAACUGCCCGGAAGAGAACAUCAAGGAAGAGUUCUAUCCGCCUCCGACCGAUCCGGAGCGAAUGAUAACACUGGUAGAGGCUAUGGACGAACACUUCGAGGAACACUUGAAUCGAACAGUGAACGAGUUCAUCCACCCUUGGCCCAACACCUACGUGUACACCAAGGCUCUGACGGAGGACAUCGUUCGGCAGUUUGGUGAACUCCUGCCAAUCGCCGUGGUGCGACCGUCCAUUAUCAUUGCCACCUGCGAGGAACCAAUCGAAGGUUGGACCGACAACAUUUACGGCCUGAACGGAGUUAUCGCAGGUGUCGCCCUGGGCAUCAUCCGCGUAAUGUACCUGGACGACAAGAACAAAGCGGACAUUAUCCCGGCCGACAUCGUCGUCAACGGAGUGCUGGCCGCCGGUUGGCUCACCUACGUGGAACGGAAACACGAUCGGCCAAUCGAGGCGAAAGGUGCCAGCACUGAUAUGAAGGGUAUGGUUCGACCCCGCACCAAGAUAUACAACUGUGUCUCCGGAAACGAAAACCCGAUUAGCUACCAAAAAAUCUACGAUUACUCCAUUCAAGUCGGCAAGCACUGUCCUCCGAAGCGAUCCCUCUGGGUGGUGUGUCACAACACGACGACGAACAAGUAUCUGUUCGAAUACUAUAAAUUCCUGUAUCACUUGCUGCCGGCUUUCCUGAUCGAUCUGUACCUGCGAGCAAUUGGACGAACACCACGAAUCAUGGACCUCUACCGGAAAGUACACAAAUUUGCAACGGUCAUCUCGUACUUUGCCAAUGGACGGUGGCACUUCGAAAAGGAAAACAUGAAGGGCUUAAUCGAGAAAUUAUCACCGGACGAUAGGGACAUGUUCCAGUGCGACAUCAGCCGGAUCAGUUGGCCCGACUACUUCUGGACGUACAUCCACGGAUUGCGACGACACAUCGCCAACGAACCGAUGGACAAUUUGGAAGAUGCCAAGAAGCGACACCGACAGAUGGGCCUGGUACACUACUUCAUCCUGGCGAUGUACUACUUCCUGUGGCUGGUGCUAUUCUUCUACGUAUUCAAGUGGCUACUGCUUUGAACCACCGGUCCUGUUCAGUCGAAAUUUAUCGUAUAGGUUGUGUGUAAACGAAUCGUUUUGACGGUGAACGCAUGCUCAAACAUCUUCCUGUGAUUUCCUUCGAUGAAAUUUAAGCGGAUGGAGGGAAAUGGUAUCUGUUUGUUUUUUGCCGCAAAAGAUUUUAUUGUUUAGCAUGUAAGUUACGAAGGUGUAUCUAGCUUUAGGGGCCUAGUUGAUCUUGCUGCACGGAGACACCCUGUUUACGGGUGUUAAACAUGAUCAAAUAAAUUUUAAAUUAUUUUCUAAACCGAAA